ACCCCACUGUUUGCGAGGAGCUCAAACAGAAAACAAUGGCCUCCACGAAGAAAAGCAGAGAAGAAAACGAGAAGAAGAAACGGAAGAAUGACAUCAAAGAAAGUCCAAGGAAAUCGAAUGUAAAGUUGCCGAAGACAGAAAAGAAAGGCAUCAAGAAGAGUAGCAAUGGUAAGGCAAGCGAAACUGACGUUGUCGUAACCGAUGGUUCGGAGGAACAAAGCCAAACACCCAAAAAGAGCAGCCACAGAAAUCAAGUCGCCAACGGCAACGUCAGGAAACCCAGUAAGAUCGAAAAGAAACGAAAAGGAGAAGAAAAAGAUCAAGAAUUUGAAAAUGGGAAAGAAGACUCCAAGUUAUGUAGAUUUCCGAUGAAUCGUAUAAAGCGGAUGGUUAGCGAUGAAAAUCCAGCUUUAAAGAUCAAGCAAGAAGCUUUAUUUCUCGUCAACAAAGCCACGGAGAAAUUCCUUGAGCAGUUUUGUGAAGAGGCUUACGAAUUUUCUGUCAGGGACCGCAGGAAGUCUCUGGGUUACAAGCAACUAGCAUCGGUCGUCAGCCAAGAAAGGAGAUUUGACUUCCUUUCGGAUUUUGUUCCUGAGAAAGUUAGGGCUGAGGAUGCUAUGGCUGAGAGAAAAUUGGCUGAAAUAGGGCAAGGAGAGGAGUCAUGAGGUUUCCAAAGAUUGAGGACUAGCUUGGACAAUCUUGCAGUUGUUCAAGUGAGCGGCUAGAUCUCACGAGGCUUCCAACGAUUGAGGCUUAGCUACAGAUUUUGUUGUACUUCUAAGCCCUCUGAUGCUAUUCCGCAACAAUGAUGUAUAAAGGAUGUACUUUCCUUUAUCCAAUUCUUCUGUUUUUACAUGGCUUCCUUACUGCUAGUCUGCUACAAAUUUACGAAGUCACCAAUAUGAUAGCAUUGCUGAGGAUACGUUCUUUCCUAUUG